AUGCCCAUCUAUGUGAGGAAUACUGCCAAAAAUGGCGAGCGUCAUCCAAACCUGGACGAAUGGUGUAUCGUGGAGUUACAGGGUGAUCUCGAUGUGCGUGGCGAUCGCAUAAUGGCUGGCCAGUUUAUAGGCGAUCUGCUCUACAACAAAUACGGUCAACCGAUUCUCAUCAUUGGACACCACAUACUGCAAGGACGGCUGCAGAAAAUCGACAAACCGUUGCUGGUGGUGGAAAAGUGUGACGUGCAGCGGCGGGGAGAAGCAGGGCAGGAUGAAACGAUGCUGGACAUUAGCCAGCUGUCGGUCACCCAAAGCCAGGAGCAGCACGAUCUCGAUUCAACCGCCCAUUCGAUCACUUCCAAUCGAACCGUGCUCGAUUCGACCGUUGCCAUCGAACACAAGGUGGUGCCGAAGGUGGAGUACCGAGUGCGGGCCGUGGUGCGGAACAAAGUGUUGUUUAAAGCACGCCCCAAACCCAUCAUUGCAAACGUUUCCAAAACAGUCUAAGGUUGUUACAGUGUAGUGUAAGUUUUUACGUAAAUAAAAUACAGAUAUAAUUCGCUUUAAUUAUCUUCAAACCACCGUAAACAUCAGCAGCAUCAUUUGCGAAUGCGAAUCGCAUCUAUAAUGGCACCAUUCACGGUGCUGAAUCUUCCCGUGACCGCUUAUCACAACGCUACAAUGAUGCUGCAUUAGUGCAUCAUUUCCGCUAACAAUGUGCAGUCGAGGUGCUAGUGUUGCGGUGAAGGUGAUUUAGAUUUAUUUUUUCGUGUCAUCCACCAUUUGCUCACCGGAUGUGAAACAUUUGUCACACAAGUCGGAUGAAAAAUGACCACCCCAUAGGGAAGGUUCACGAUAUCGAUCUUUUAUCCAUACUAUAAAAGCUUCAUUCGCACUUGCUCGGACUAUCGUCCAAGAGCGACAGUGAUCCCGAACGGUGAAAACCACUCGUCAACGAUUAAUACACAUAAAGGGUUUUGGGAGUAAGAUGAAUAAAAUUACGGGCGCUUGUUUCGUGCUGUCGAUGGUGCUACUGCUGGUGCAUUACGCAUCUGCCGAGCAUAAGAAGCCGGACGAGAAACUCACGCGAAUUGAUAAUGUGGACGGGGACAUGAUGAAACCGCUGCAUGAUAUCCUAGGCGAGCUGGAUGGCUUGAGAAUCCGAAGAGCCGCUCAGGGUGG